AUGGUUUUAUACCUGGCAUUAAAAGCACUGAAUGAAGAAAAAAAUAUUACAGUUCCUCUUACCAAUUUGGAUAAACUUGAUAACCUAAUUGAAGCAGUUUUGAGUUUUAAGCUUGAUAUUAACAAUAAAGGAGAGAAAAUCGAGCAUGAAUUGGAAAUUUAA